UAGUACCAAGUUUAAGUUAACAACAAUAUAAUUGUUUUUAACUGGUCAUUGCCAUUAAGUUAUAAUCAAUAGUUGACAAAUAUUGUUUUAUUUUCAUAUAUUACUUUGUUUUAACUAAGUUAUGAUAUAACAUGAUAGUAUUUCCUAAAUUAGCCAAAAUGCAAAAUGUACGAGAGUGCUUAACUUAUGCUAAUCAAAAUAGCAAAAUAACUUCAUUAUUUAGGGGAAGUUUAUUUCAUACAUCUAGUUCCUUGCAACGCACAGAUAGAUCUGAAGGUCCACAAAAGUUUUUGUCUUACAAUAACACGAUCUUUCCACCGACUAAAUCUGAGGAACCUGAAAGACCAGCUUAUGUUUGCCAUGCAAAAAAAUUUAUCAAGUAUAGUCCUGAGAAACUUUGGUAUAUUGCAUGUCUAGUACGAGGUAUGUCUGUGGAUGAAGCCAUUAAACAAUUGAGCUUUUUACUGAAAAAGGGAUCUCUAUAUGUGAGGGAAGCAAUUGAAGAAGCACGAGAACUGGCUGUUGAACAACACAAUGUUGAAUUUAGAAGCAAUCUGUGGGUUGCUGAGUCAUUUGUUGGUAAAGCGCAUACUAUCAAAGGUUUACGGCGUCAUGCAAGACUAAGGCAAGGGAUAAUUGAAUAUAAAUAUUGCCAUUACUUUGUUAGAUUAGAAGAAGGGCCACCACCAAAAUAUUAUUAUAAGACUCCAAAGACACCACAAGAACAAUUAGACGAGUGGGUAGAGAAAAUGCGCAAGAGGAAAAUUAUUAAUUCUUUAUAAUUGCUUGCACUUAUACCCUUUGAAUCAGGAGCAUGAUAACAUCUUCAUAUUAGAUUUAUUAAUAAGACACUUUUAGUAUAUUAUAUAGUCAUAGUU